AUGGAGUGGAAAAGCUUUACGGCAGAUUUACGGACCAACAGGCUCAUCCGAACCUCGAGGCCCAGCGACCCCUUGGCUCUAUGGGAUCCCAAUGAGCAAACAGCCGAGCCUGCGAAGCCGGAGGAGCCGCGAUGGGGCGACCAUGAGCGGCAGUCCAAGAUCCCCUUUAAAAUCCUGAGAGGACAUAAUCAUGUCGUGAGCUCCUGCCAUUUCUGUUUUGAGGACACUAGGAUUCUCUCUGGUUCCUACGACAAAACUGUGAAAAUUUGGGAUGCUGCCACAGGAGUUAAUAUUCAUGAUUUUGAAAACAGUCAUACAGCUCCUAUUUCAGAAUGCAGUCUGACAGCAGAUAGCAAAAGAGUUGUUACAUCAUCCUAUGAUAAAACAAUAAAGGCUUGGGAUAUGGAAAGAGGACAAGUUCUGUGGUCUUUCAACCAUGAAAGCAUUAUACUUUCAUGUAAAAUUUCUUAUGAUGGUAGAUAUGUGGUCUGUGGUUUGGAUGUAGAAAAUGCAAUCUGUGUCAUUGAUGCAAAUAACGGGAAAAUCAUCACAUUUGUCAGAGCUCACCAUAGUAGACCAGUAACCAGCUGUUGUUUUAAUCCUGACAACCUGCGGGUGGCUUCAGGAUCGUCUGAUCAUAAUGUGAAGAUUUGGGAUGUGUCCGCUCAAGCCACACUUCUAACAAUUCAUGAAGCACAUUCCAAUGUUAUUGCGGAUUGCUGUUUUACCUUCAGUGGCCAUUUCUUGUGUACAGCUGCUUGGGACAAAACCUUAAAAAUCUGGGAUGUAAAUGCUGGAGGGUUUCGAAGUGAGGGAGCCUGUGUAACUCUGAUGGAAGGUCAUGAAGGUUCUGUCAGUUCCUGUCUUUUUACCAGAGAUGCCUCACUUAUUGUAUCUGGAGCAUAUGACAAAAUGGUAACAGUCUGGGAUGUGGCCGGAGGAUAUAAAAAGUGUACAUUAAAGGGACACGAAGACUGGGUGAUGGAUGUUGCAAUUAGCAACAACAGAAAAUGGGUUAUUUCUGCUUCAAAGGACACUACUAUAAGACUGUGGAAUAUUGAAAAGGCUGGUCAAAUUCCUCUGUUAAUAGAAUACAAAAGACUCCAUGGUUUGCAAGUAAUUCAGUGUGAAAAAUGUGAAAAGGCUUUCUCACUCCUACAAUUUGAUGAGGAAUUUGAAUUGGUAUCCAAAUGUCUAUCCUGUCGAUUGGCUUCUCCUUCAAGACAUGCUUUGCCAGCACCACCUGCAGGUGAUGAAGAUGAGAAAGAUGUCCCAAAGAAAUUGAAGAUGUGAAGUCUUUGUCUGUACCUUUCUGGGGUAUGCAUGUGGUUGGUAACCUUCCACAUGAGUCCUGCAUGAAGGAGCAGUACGUGCCAGUCUUGGGUGGGGGAUGACAGAACAGAACAGAACAAUGGUGGCCCUAUUCUGGAAUAAAUAGUUUAUUUAAGUAAACAGAUAUGACAACUAGAUUUCUUUGAGGGAAAAAUUGAAUAUGAACUCUGAAAAUGUUACUACACUUUGAUUAAGUACAUUGUAGCUGUCGUGGGUGAAAGAUGAAAUAACUGAGGAAACAAAGGUUCCAGAUUCUGAGCCUAUCAAUUCAUUAAGCAAUGCAUGCCAAUCGCGUAACAAAUUGGGACCAGGCCUC